ACAAUAGUACAAUACUCCGUAAUUCCCAGUUCCAAUUCUUUCUACAUUUUGUUUUAACUUGUAAUUCUUUCUACAUUUAUGCACCUAAAAACUUCUAUAUUUCUACAAUUCAUUCUAUACUUCGACGCAAUGGCCAACUCCAAUUUUUUCUACAAUUACUACACCUAAAAAAUUUCUUCAGGUUUUUUCCUUCGGCUCUGGUGUCAUAUAUCCGACAAUUCACCUACUUCCAUAUCCAGAGGAAAAUUGUGACACUUACUCUAUAAUCACAGUAUGUGUUUGGUAUUCAUGCACAGUUGUUGACCAGUAUUGCCAUGCAAAACUUUGCUAACGGGGUGAGUAACAAGGAAAGCAUUUGGCAAUUGAUGCAAUGUCUGCAUCUAGUAAAUAUGACCUUACUUCCAGUAGCCCAGAUAGGAUGGUAUACGGAUCUGGGCAGUGUAGAUCCUAUGGAGCAACUUUACUUGAGAAAACAGGUAACAUGGACAAUCCAAUGAAAUCUUCUCUUCCAAACAUGGCAAGAAGCAGCAGUUCUGGUGCAACCCAGGGAGAUGUUGUCAAAUUCUUUCAGUGCUUACGUAUUGAUCCAAAAGCAAUGGUUACUGAACACAAACUCAGACAAAUAGAUUUUAAGCGGCUUACAAGUCUAUCACUUGGUGCACCCCUGGAAGAUUCUCCAUCCAUGCCUUCAAAAGGAAAACCGAUAUCUUCUUCCUCGCCCGAGGAUGUUAGACGGCUAAAGUUAAGUCUUCGAGAAAGUUGCAGCAAGGCGAGGGAACGUGUGAAGAUAUUCUACGAAUCUUCAUCUGUCUUCAACAAAUGUUUUCCUAAUGUUCCGUCAAGGAAAAGAUCUCGCCCAGAUGUCUUAUCCAAUGAUAGAAACAGUGCUUUGUUUUCAAAUGAACGUCCAGUUUGUGGGACAAGCAUUAGUAAGAUGGGGAUUCAAAACCUUAGCAACAUCAGUGGGUUUGAAGUGGAGCAGCAAAAGUCAGAUGAAAGGACAAAAACUAUUAUUCCAAGCAAACGUACCCGAACUUCUAUGUCUGAUGUACGACCGAACACUCCUGCAAGGCAAUCAGGAAAUCUUGAUAGGGAUAUGGAUUUACUAAGGCUUCCCAACAAUAACCCUAUCCAGUGCGAUGAUCGAACAUCAACAUCUCUUCCCAUUGAAGGUUGGGAGAAAUUAAGGAUGAAGAAAAAGCGUUCUGGAAUAAAGCCAGACGUUGCUGGGGGUUCUGCUGCUGCUAAAACAGUUGACGGCUAUCAAGAAUCAAAACAUGGAGUGCAGUCACGACUUCUAACUGAUGCUCGUCCAAGGUUGGGUGAAAACCAGAGCUUCAGAGCAGUCGACCCCGGGAAGCGUGUAGAAGCACUCUGGUUUGCGCAAAGAAGAUCGACGGUUAGAACUGACCGCCUCUGGUUCGCGCGGAAAAGUGGAGAAGCAUUCAAACAGGGAGAACCGUUCAAACCUGGAGAAGGAGAAGGGCUCAAACCUGGAGGAGAAGCGUUCAAACCAGGAGAAGGAGAACCGCGUGAAGAGCAGGGAAAAGGUAGAAAGUGAUUGGGAGAAAAAGUGGAGGAUCUGGCUAGAUGAGUUUCGCACCAAGUUGCGCCAACAACGUCGCCGGCGUGGACGAUCGCGGACCGUGCGACGCUGCCAGAAUUCGAAGAGAAAAGUUUCAUCGUCAUCGCAGACUGACUCUAAUAGUUCGCAGGUUUGGUCUCGGUCGCAAGCAACUACUCCCAGUUCGCCAACUUCGCCACCCGCAGAUGUCCCCAGUUCACAAGCUCUAUCGCCAGCUGAUCCCUAUUCGCAAAUUUCAACCUCCCCUCAGGAGUCAGAUAAUCAGCGGCAACCUUCCCAUGAAGGUAUUUUUUCUACGUGCCCCAGAGAAAAGGUAGAAGACGACAGAGUCCAGUUGGGUCCUAACAGUGCUGAGGAUGUUCAGAAGGUCGCCAAUCUAGAUCAAAAUUCCGCUAGAGAAGAUGAUAAUUCUUCUCUGGAGAAGAAACCGCUGUCCAUGGUCAGUACUGUUGACCCUGGAAAAAACGGAGAACAUGCAGAGUGUUUUGAGCUGGAAGUACCUCAGGCCCUUAUACCUGGAGUUCGUUCUGUGGCUACAAGAGCUAUUGGCUCCCCAGACGUGGUUCAAAACUCAUUCAAGCUCCUGGUAGAUUCAUUGAGGCACACAGAUGCAGAGAGGUUAACAAGAGUUUUCAUAACGUGCUUAAUGAAAGAGACUAAAGCAGAGUUGCAACACUGUCAUUAUGAAUACGUUUCUGAAUUUGGGGAUAAAGCCCUGUUGUUGGAAGAGAAGAACAGGGCUGUAAGGAGAGGAAAGUACAGAGUUGAAGACAUGAGGGGAUGGAAGGAAAAAGGGGGCUGUAUGAACAAACCUAAACAUUGGAUGGAAGGAUUGAGGGGAAGGACACCUACGAGUAACAAUCAACAGGCUGAGAUAGAAAGACAACGGAGUAAAGAGGGAAUUACAACGCAAAAGGCCUUCUGGGUGCCAGGACAAUUAAAUGACCAAGAUGGAGGCAAAAUCGUGGUAAUCCGUAUUGAUUGUGUAGCUACUCACAAGCUUGUCCCACAGGAAUUGGUUGAAGAUAUGGAGCUGGUCUAUAACACAACACCUAAGUUGCUGAGGGAGAUGGAGCAUGGGGAACAGGUUUUCAAUAAUGGUAUAUGUAAAAGCUUACAGAUAUGGAUAUGGGUGCAGGGUUUAAUUAUCAUUCACAAUUUUUAUUUACUAGAACCGGGUGGAACUGAUAUAGUACUGGAAAGGGAGUGGUUGACAAGAGUAGGGAAUAUUGAAGUUAGUUACAGAAGAUUGAAUGUUCCUGGAUCUUUAAGAGCAUUGUUGAACAACGAAACCAGCAGAGAGCUUGUCAGGACCCACUUGCAUUCCCUCGUCAGAGAUUAUUUAAAUGAUUUUCUUGUUGGCAAGAGGCUUCGGUGGCUAAACUUUUGCAACUCUCUGAAGCGAUGUGGAAUUGUACAUAUGAUGACUAAUGGAAAGGAGACCGCUCUUGAAGUUCAGUCCCUCAGGGUGUUAGAAUCUUGUGCUGUGAAGAACACUAAUUGCUAUUCAUUAAGCAUGUAUCAGGACCUGUUGGGGUCAACAACACUUUAUAAUGAUGAAUGGGUGAGUAUUUUUAUUACCUAUGCUGUCUUGAGGCUGACAAUAUUGGAUAGCAAAAGAUGGGAAAAGGUAAUUGUGCAUAAACUGGAGGAUCAGGUAAAAGACAUAUAUACAACAGAGAGGAGGAUUCAAGCACGGGCGUGGAAAACCAAUAUUACUAUGAUGAAUGUUGGGCCUGAUGCUUUUGUAUCUACCAGAGUCCAAUCUCAUAAUGGACCAGUCACAUUUUUUUCUAAUUGGAACAGAAAUUGGCAUAUUCUCACAUGUUACUGCUUCGCUGAAAUCGGGACAAGAUGUUUGUGGAGCCCUUGAGGGUGAAGGUUCCAAUCAACAAAGCACUGAAGGUGCUAGAAAAUCUACCCGGAGGGGUGUGGAGGUUCGGUUACUUCCCAUGGGGACUUUGGUUGCGGCUGUACCUGCUUCUAUUGGAUGUGCCGUCCUGGAUGCAUCUCGAGGUUCACUGGAGUUCUUCAACUCAUUUUUGGGUAAUGAUCUAGAUGUAUCAAAAGGUGAGGAUUGGAAGCUGAAAGUGGUUCACGGGAUUGAUGACAGAAUAAUAUCCAUGGACUGUCCUGCUACUGGAACUCAGUGGCUUUACAGCAGAGUUGAUCAAAACGGAUAUGCAGAAUAUAGUGGAUUUGGGGGUACAGAUCUGCUGGAUGCAUUGACGAGUAUUAUGUCAUUGAAAAGGAUCAAGAGCAUGCAGGAGGAGUCAAAUCUUUUGCAUUACAGGGAAAUACGGAAAUUUUGGUCAAUGGAGACAACUACCAAAUUUGGAUGAUUUUUGGGAAAGUUUUAGCAAAGGCUAGGAGGAAUGGAUGACAAAGGUUCAAGUACCGAAGCUAAAGGAACUGAAAUCAGAGAAAUAUUGGGAAGGAAGGGGCACGAGGAUGAAGCUAGAUGGCAUAGCUGCUCUUACUCCCCACCUUGAGGACAAGGUGGUUGUCAAAGGGGGGAGUGAUGAUAGAGACCUGGACUUAUGGGCUAAAAUAUUUUAAUAAAAUGUAAUAGUGGGCUGGGCCAAAUAAUUAGAUAGAUUGAGGGAAGCCUCAUUUGGAAAAGAAUAAAUAGAAGGAGUAGAAGAGGGAGAGGGUAGGCUGGAAUUCAGUUGGAAUUAGGCUGGGAGAGUGAGGCCUCUCGAAGAGUCUCGAUUUCUUUCGAUUUCCGCACCUGUAAAACUCAGAUUACCGUCAAUUUACUACCUGUUUUACCGUGUACCUAUCACGCGUCAAGGCGUACACCUUGAAUUUUGAGAUGUAAGCCUCUUGUCUUGAAAAAAAACUUGAUCCUCAAAACCUUUUCUGUACGCCUCACCUUGAGGCGCACCUCAAAACCCACCUCUUAUGCGCCUUUUUAAGCCAUGGUUGGUGGAAUCUCGUAGUUAGUUAGCAUGGUGCAAUAGUUCUCAAGAUUUUUUCCCCUGCAUAAUGCCAGCUGGCAUGCCAGCUUGCCAGCUGAGCCGCAUUUGUAUACAGAUGGAAGUAAAAUAUACCAAAGCUUGUUGUAACACCUUGACAAACUUCAAAACAAUUUGAUGUUAUGAACCAACAUAUCCAAAAAAACAGUUCAUAUGAUACCCAUCAAUUGAUAGAACAAUAUAAAUUGGAAAAGAGACGUGCAAAGUUCAGGAACUCGUUCUUUUUUUUCUUUUGAAUUCAGACUUUUUAAAGCUACAUAGUUGUUAAUAAAAACAUAAAAUAACCUUGCUCAAUAACACACACACUUGGAAAUAGAAGAAAUAUAAUAAACCACCUUAUAGAAAAAAAUACAAACAACAACAAUGACAUUCAAGUCUUAUUCUCAAAAGAUUUUGGGAUCAGCUAACAUGAAUCGAUCUAUGAUACCAAAACCAAAAAGAGAAGAAAGAUAAAAAGAAUAAAAAGAUAAAGUAUGAUAAAACGGAUAAGAUAAAGAUAAAUAUUAGAUAAAAAUAACAUAAGAAUAUAAAAAAGAUAAAAAAAUAAAAAGAUAAAAAAUAAAAAGAUAAAAGAGCAUAUGAAAGAUAAAAGAUAAAAAUAAUAUAAGAACAUAGAAAGAGAAAAGAGAUAAAAGAUAAAGAGAGAGAAAAGAGAUCAAUCGUCCGCACAAAUAUGCGCCCUACACAUUGCUCUUUCUAAAGCCAUACUCUCAUCCAACCCAAGAAGAAGAAUAUCAGUUCUGAUUCCUCUAAUUCAAGUCUGUUUGAGUCUUCCUUCCCCUCUCCUCCCCAUCUCUUCUCCCCACCUCUCAAGUCGUCUAACAUUGCGCACAUGACCAAACUACCGCAAUCGAGACUCCUACAUCUUAUCUUCUAUAGGUGCUCUUUCACCGGUAUGCUCACACAUCCAACGCAACAUACACAUAUCUACCACACCUAUCUUUUAAAUGUGAUAUUGUUUCACUGCCCAACACUCUAUGCCAUACAUCAAUGUAGUCCUAAUUUACUCGAAAAAAUACAAAAUAACAGAAAAAUUUAAAGGUGAAGUAGAUCUUCUGGUGUCAGAAUUUUAACUGGUCAGCGAUGGAUUCCAAAAAGCUUAAUUGAAGAAUUUGUGUUUCUUUAUUAUAUGGGCUCUCUCCCUUAUUUUGGCUUUCGAAUGUUGGAGCAUAUGAGAAGGAAAAAACAACAGUGUAGGGAAGGAACGUGCUACAAUGAUACCAAAUUGUUUCGGGUGUUGUUAAGAGAUGUAAAAGAUUGAAGUGAAUAAAAAUGAAGAGCAUCCCAGCCCUUGGCAAGAAGUGGCGGCGUUCAACCUUGUCAAGAUUCCAAGAAAUAACUUCGAAGUUAUUGGUGAUACUUUUGGUGUAUAUAACACCUUUACUUAUACUAUUUCUAACAGUCCUUGUGGACUAGUAUUACUGCAACUUCAUAUGAGCCCGUAACAUAAUUCUAAACUAUUACUAUACUGCUAUUAGGAAUACUAAGUAAAUAUAAUUCUUAUACUAAUAGGAAAGUAGUCUUAAAAAUAGUAGGAAAUUAAUAGUAAUGUUAGGGACCUACCUAUUAGUGUUAUACUAAUAAUAGAAGUACUAAUAAUAAUAUUAGUAAUAAGGGUCUCUAUUAUAAAUAGACGGGAAGGGGGAGUAGUAGGAGGGGGCUUUUGGACGUAUAGUCUGGGACUUAGGAAGAUCGAGAGCUAUUCUCUUUCUUUGGGUGGCUUCGGUUCAAUUGGGAGCUUCGGCUUUGGAUUUCUGUACUGUUCAUCUUCUUCUCUAAUAAAGUCGGUUUGGUUUCUUGUUCCCUUUUUGUAAUUUGUUCUGGAAUUCUGGAGGUUCCUAUCAAUUGGUAUCACAGUGCGUCGAUCUCUGGAGGAGAUACUCGCGCGCAAAAUGGAAAGGAAAACUAACGACCUGGAAAGAAGUCAAAGGGAAUCAGCCGCAGCUGUGGCGGCGAAGAUAGCAGACUUACGAGCUACGAUCGUGACCUUGGUGGAGAGAGGUCAACAUCCAUCAGGAAGCAGAUUGCGUACAUCGGAAUUUUCGUAUCGUUCCUCGCAUCGCACGCCUGGCCAUCACCACUCGCGUCACUCGUGAGAAUCAGUAAGUUCAGGGGAUUCGGAAGGGAAUUCUGACUAUUUGUAUCCGCAUCGCUCUUCGCAGAGUUCUUUCCAUCGCUCUUCGCAAAGUUCUUCCCAUCGUUCUUUGCAGAGUUCUUCUCAUCACUCUUAUCAUCGUUCUUCGCAUCAGAGUUCGCAGAUUUCCUCAACGAACAUCAGUUCGCAUUCUUCGUCUAAAAUGGCUUAUCGGAAGUCAACUAGUUCAAAGAAGGAGAAAUUACCUCUAUUCUACGAGGAUGAAGCAUACGAAUGGAUAGAGAAGAUGGAAAGAUAUUUUCGAGUCCAAGCUAUUGCAGAAAGAUUUAAAGUGGACGUGGCAACAAAGGCUAUGGGGGAAGAAGCAGAUGGCUGGUUUCAAUGGUGAGAUUUUCAAAAGAUAGAAGAUAGUUGGGAGGCUCUAAAAGAAGAUUUGAUUAGGGAUUUUCCACCUAGACACCGGCAGAAGACAGGGAAGACAGCAAAACAAGAGUCAACCAGAUCAACAAGAACUUCCUUCAGUUCUCAAAAGUCAUCGCCAACAUCACCCUUCAGUUCACAGGCUUCAAUUGCUACUACCAGUUUACUUCAGAAGCAAUCCAGAUGUGAAGUUUCCAGUUCGCAAUCCGGAAUUGUCUCAAUCCACAAGAAGGUUCAGAAGGAAUGGAAAAUGUGGAAUCUGAUUUAAACUCAUCUCCAAAGGAUGUUUUGAUUGAAGAAGUUUCCGAGUCAGUUCAAGCUUCGAUGCGGGAAAUUUCAUAGAGGACACCAACUCUUGAGUGGAAUCCGGUUGAAUCAUCAGUUUUAAAUGAACCUGUAAUCAAGAUGGAACCAACUGAACCUGUAAUCAUGCAAAGGAAUAAGAAAGAAAAAAUCAAGGAAGUUGCAGAAGAUAAAGUUGUUCUUGUCAAAAGUCAAGAACCUAGACAGCAAAGGGAGAUGUUUUCUGAAAACUCAUGCAUGGGUAAAAGGAGGUCUGGUCGAGAGAUUCAUGUUCAUCUUCUUUCUGGGAAAACGUAUACCAUUAUUCCAAUUGGGGCAGGAGAGUUCAGAAUUACAGGUUUCAUUGAGAAAACGGCAUGAAGUUAUGUGGAACAAAAUAUUGAAGCUAAUGAAAAGGUGAAGGUGAAACAAGGCUUGAAAAUGGCAAUGUUUUCUUAUGGUGAAGAAUCUGCUUACCUGCUGGGACGCCAAUUUUGGAAGUCUUACAUGGGAAAUAAUCUUUCCUUUUCCUUGGUUAGGAGAACUGCAACUGGAAUAAGGGGUAUCCUUACUUACCUGCUAAAAACUCUGAGGUUUUCCUUCUCAAAUAAGUUGGCUACUGAAGAUGCUGAAAUUUCAAGGAGUGAAGCAACUGAAACUCAAAGAUUUGAGUUAUACCCUGUAGCAAGAGCUAUUAGCAUAUGGAAGAAUGAGCACGGGAUGAUGGGUGAAGAUCAGUACCAGCAAGAUCAAAGACACAGAACUAAUAUUGAUUGAUGACUGGAAGGAAGAGGAGCUAAUGCUGUUUUUGCAGGAAGCAGUAAGAAGGAAGGUUCAAGUCAUGGAGUUCAGGAUCCUGAAAUUUGAAAGAUAUUGGGAAGGAAGAGGUGCAAGGAAGAAGAAGAAAGAGAAGAUUUUGGUUGUCUCCUACCGCCCACCUUGAGGGCAAGGUGGAUGUUUAGGGGAGAGUAUUGUUAGGGACCUACCUAUUAGUGUUAUACUAAUAAUAGAAGUACUAAUAAUAAUAUUAGUAAUAAGGGUCUCUAUUAUAAAUAGACGGGAAGGGGGAGUAGUAGGAGGGGGCUUUUGGACGUAUAGUCUGGGACUUAGGAAGAUCGAGAGCUAUUCUCUUUCUUCGGGGGGCUUCAAUUCAAUUGGGGGCUUCGGCUUUGGAUUUCUGUACUGUUCAUCUUCUUCUCUAAUAAAAGCAGUUUGAUUUCUUGUUCUCUUUCUAUAAUUUGUUCUGGAAUUCUGGAGGUUCCUAUCAAGUAAUAGCUCAACAAUACCCCUUCCAUAUUUAUUUACUUGCAACUAUAGGGUUAGCACCAUGGUUAUAUAUCAUUUCUUUCAAAAAUGUAAACUCAAGCUGUUAAUUGCAUAAUUUAAAAUAUUUUUGCAUUCAUGAAGAUAUAAUUAAUAUUAUAUCUUCAUUGUGAAUAAAUAAUAUUACGUACCAUCCGUCUAUAUAAUUGUAACGCUUAAUAAGUGAAAUAAAAACAUUUUAAAUUAUGUAAUUAAUGCAAUAAAUUUACAUUUUUGAAAAAACAACAUAUGACCAUAGUGCUAAAAAAACUUUUUAUGUAAAGUUUGGAGUAUUUAAAUUACACAUUCAAAUUUGGGGUGUUGACCUCACACUCCUUUAAAGUUUGGAGUAUUUGAAUUAUUUUUCCCUAAAGGAAACUAGUAAUAAUACCACUACUAAUAACAACGAUAAUAAUAUAUGCCUUCCUCGUCCUUUCAUGCGGCUCUAGCAUGAGACUCCACCCAUAUCAAAUUCUUCCCUGCCUGCCAAGAAUGGUUUUCCUGCGUGAUGUCUUGGACUUGAUAAAAUUGGGAUGGUAGUAGCUUUAUAUUUUGAUCCAGAGCUCUUUUUAAGGAGAUAACCAUUGGUGAUUUAGAGCCCGUUUGGUAACACUGAAAUCGGCUGAUUCUGCUUAAAUUUUUGAAGUUCUGGCUGAAGAGGCUGUAUUGGCUGAUUCUGCUGAUUUAUGAAUAAAUUAUUUUUAAAAUAUAUUCUAUUAAUAAAACAAAGAAAAAAAUUAGAUGAAAAAAUUGCUAAAAUGGUCAUCUACAAUAACUUCAGCCAAUACAGCCAAAAAAGUAACCCCAACCAUACUUUUUUAUUAUUAUUACACAAUUCAGCAAGCGAAAUCAAAAGUUACGUGUUUGAUUAAAAAGUUGGCUGAUAAGCUUGACAACUCGAAAAUCAGAGUCACCAAACGGGCUCUUAGUCAUUUAUGUAUAGAAUAGUAAAGUUCAAUCUUGACAAUGUGAUAGGAACCGACUUAUUAAACUAAUAAUAGAAGUAAUAAUAAUAAUAAUAAUAAUAAUAAUAAUAUGGGUCUGUGAGUAUUCUAGUUUAAAUAGACGGGAAUGGGGAGUUAGUAAGGAGGCUUUUGGACAUUCUGUCUUGGGACUGGGAAAGAUUAGAGAUUAAUCCUCUCUAUCUUUUGGGGGCUUCGGCCAUUGUUAUUGUUACUGUUCAUCUUCAAUAAAGAUUUUCAAUUGUUUCUUGAUAUUAUUUCCUGUAAUUGCUGUAUUUUCUGGAGAGUUCUAUCAUUGGUAUCAGAGCACGUUUUGAUCGCUGGAUGAUUUAGGCGUGCCAGGAUGGAAGGAAGAAUUAACAAACUGGAAAGAAAACAAAAAGAAACAUCGGCAACAAUGGCGACUAUGGCAACGACCUUGGCAGUCAUAAAGGCGGACAUCGCAAAGCUGGAGAAUAAAGUCCCGAGUCGCUAGCGAAACAAAUCGCAUACGUCGCACACUUCGCACCAUUCAAAUCGUUCUUCGCAUCGCUCUUCGGAAAGUUUUUCCCAUCGCUCUUCGCAGAGUUCUUCGCAUCACUCUUAUCAUCGCUCUUCGCAUCAGAGUUCGCAAACUUCCUCAACGGCCAUCAGUUCACAUUCAAGAAAGACACUAUUGAAAAGAGAAUCUUCUUCUUCACCAAAGGGUUUUCACUGUUCGCAUUCUUCGUCUAAAGUCGCUUCUCGGAAUUCAGCUAGUUCAAAGACGGAGGAAUUACCUCUAUUCCACGAGGAUGAAGCGAACGAAUGGAUAGAGAGGAUGAAAAGAUAUUUCUGAGUCCAAGCUAUUGCAGAAAAAUUUAAGGUUGACGUCCCAGCAGAGGCUUUGGGGGAAGCCGCAUGUGGCUGGUUUCAAUGGUGAGAAUCUCAAAAGAGAGAAGAUAGUUGGAAGGCUCUAAAGGAAGACUUGAUUAGGUGUUUCCCACCUAGACGCCGGCAGAAGACAGGGAAGACAACACAACAGGAGUCAUCGCGGCCGCCAAGAACUUCUCGUUCAAAAGUUUCUCACCCAGUGCUAGAAAUUUCCCAGUCAACAAAGAAGACCCAGAUGUGAACCUGUAAUCAAGCAAGUGAAUGAGAAAGACAAAAUCAAGGAGAAAAGACAUAUUCAAUGGCCAGAUUAUGUUUCCUCUAAUCUCGCAGAGGAUGUGGAUUUAAUUCCCAGCCAAGUUUCUAUUGCUGACAAGCUUAUUCAACCAUGUUCUUUUGGAAAUAGAGCCCUAAUUGCUUCUGAAACUGUUCUUGUCAAGAGUUAACUAUCUUUACAACCAAAGGAAAGGUUUUCAGAAAAAUUAUGCAUUGGUAAAAAUCGAUCUGGUACAGAGGCUCAGGAGGAGGAGGUUGGGCUUGUUUCAGGAGAAUCUGCUAUCAUUCUUGGAAACCACAAACCGAUUCAUGAUGCUGACAAGUCUAGUCAUUUCCAACAUCUUGGCAGAAAUCCAUUGCAACUUGCAACCUUAAGUGUUAAAAACUUAUCAGAAGUUCAAGGGAUAGAAUUGCAGCCAAUUGUUGAGGGCAUGAGAAGCUGCCCCAAGCUUGGCCUACAUAACCCAUUGAAAGCAUUAGAAGGAUAUCUAAAAUUGGGAGGCAUUACUACAAAGACUGUUCUUAGCCUAUCGCUUCCUGAUGUUUUUGACAUCUUCACAAGAGUAUUACAUAAGAUGGCUCUUAAGAGUUAUCAGCAAGCUCUAGGUGAAGUUGUUUCACCAAAUUUUUUAGAAAUACUCUAUGGUAAUCAGGUCCAUUCUCUGGCAAGAUCUUCUGAAGUGUCAGGAAGUUAUCUGGGACAGAACAGCCCCAGAUAAGCAUGUUCUUAAGGGCCAAUGCUACUUCUGUUUCAUGAUGGGAUAAUACCAUUGGAGAUUGUUGAAGUCUUAAAUUGAAAAAGAGGAACACAGUAUGACGCACGUUCUCAUAAACUUUCUUUUGACAUGUGUGGAUGAAGUUCUGUACAAGCUAUUUAGUGAGAAGUUUCACUCAAGAGAUAGGAUGGAGUCUGAGGGACAUGCAAUGCUGAGCAUGGUCAAUAGUUUCUCAUCCAGAGGUCUGGGAACUUCUUAUACCACCAUCAGCGAGGUACUGGGAGGGGGAGAGGCACCAGGAGGAAGAGGAAUUCCAGACUUGGUUCCUAUCAUCCCACCUUGAGGACAAGGUGGUUGUUUAGGGAGGGAGUAUUGAUAGGAACCGACUUAUUAGACUAAUAAUAGAAGUAAUAAUAAUAAUAUUAGUAAUAAGGGUCUGUGAGUAAUCUAGUAUAAAUAGAAGGGGAAGGAGGAGUUAGUAAGGAGGCUUUUGGACAUUCUGUCUUGGGACUGGGAAAGAUUAGAGAUGGGAUAAGACUCAAAUUGGACACUAUGGUUUAAUCAGAAUCUCAUAUUUGACACUAAGGUUUCAAUGGAUCAAAUUAGACACUAUGGUUUCAUAUGUAUCUCAUAUUGGACACUAAAGUUUCAUAAUUCAUAGGUUUUGGACACUCACUUAUAUUGGAUAAAGAUCUAAUUGGACACUCACUUAUAUUGAAUUAUGAAACUUUAGUGUCCAAUAUGAGAUACAUAUGAAACCAUAGUGUCUAAUUUGGUCCAUUUAAAACCUUAGUGUCAAAUAUGAGAUUCUGAUGAAACCAGUGUCCAAUUUGAGAUUAAUCCUCUCUAUCUUUUGGGGCUUCGGCUAUUGGGGGCUUCGGCUAUUGGGGGCUUCGGCCAUUGUUACUGUUACUGUUCAUCUUCAAUAAAGAUUUUCAAUUGUUUCUUGAUAUUAUUUCCUGUAAUUGGUGUAUUUUCUGGAGAGUUCUAUCACAAUGGCAUACUUUGAACUUGUGGGGGUGAGAAAUGAAUCUGAGUCCUUGUGAUUGUUGUGAACUUGUAUGCUAUUCAACUUCUUAUUUAGAAACAUGAAGGGGCAUUGGACUGGGAAAAGCUGAUGCAACAUCUCCACAAGCUUCUGUUGUUAUGCGUUCUUCAUUCUCCAAGGCUGAACAGGAUAAUGGUCAUCUCCAUGAUAGAAGAGACCGUUCAAUUGGUUCAGAGAAAGAAAGAAUAAAUGUUAGAACUGUCAACAAUGCCUCCAAGACAACUGCUCGGGAAGAACUAAGCUCAGGAAGCCCUACCUCUAGUGCAAAGUUGAAUGGUGCUGCACGGGCCCCACGAUCUGGUGCAUGCGUGGCUCAAAAAAUGGGCCCCACGGUUCAACGUGCUGCAGUUGCUAAUGAUUGGGAGGUUUCUCAUUGUACAAACAAACUACCUUCGACUUCCGCGGUAACUAACCGUAAGCGCACGGCUUCAGGAAGGUCCCCAUCACCACCUGUGGGUCAGUGGGCCAGCCAGCGGCCCCAGAAAAGCUCCCGAACAGCGAGGCGAACACAUUUUCCCAUUGUUUCCAACGAUGGUGAAACUUUUGCCCCAGAUAAUUCGACUGAGGCAGUGGUGUGUAAUGAUAGGCGAUUGUCUGGCUCUUCUCCUCAGUGUCUUAAGUUUAAAAGUGACAACUUGUCAGCUGCGUCUGAAAGUGAGGAGUCUGGUAUUGCUGAAACCAAGCCAAAAGAUAAGAGCAAGAAGUCUGAAGAAGUGGAUGGAAAAAUUGGGUUUGAUGUCCAAAAGAUGUCAACUUUGCUACUACCACCAAGAAAAAAUAAGUUGGUAGGCAGUGAUGAGCAUAGCGAUGGUGUACGUAGGCAAGGGAGGUCCAGUCGUAGUUUGACUUCCAGUGGGUCCUUCAUGCCUUCAACUGUAGAAAAGCUUGGGAAUUUGGGAACAGCUAAACAACUGAGGAGCUCUAGAAAUAACUUAGAUAAAACUGAGAGCAAAGCAGGUCGCCCUCCCACAAGGAAGCUCUCUGAUCGUAAGGCUUAUAAACGUCAGAAACAUUCAACAGUUAAUGCUGCAGCAAAUUAUCUAGUUGGUUCCUAUGAUGGACAAGAUGAGUUAUUGGCUGCGGCAAGUGAUGUUACCAACACUGCUCAAGCGCUUUCCAGCCCAUUUUGGAAGGAGAUGGAGUAUCUGUUUCGUUUUAUAUCGCACUUGGACAUUACUUUUUUGAAUAAACAGAUGAAUGGUAGAAAUGCUGUGGCUACGCCAGCUCCAAUAUCUACUGAGGCGAGCAAGUUCAGUAUAUUUCCGAAAGGGUUCGAUGGAGAUGGGGAUGAAGUUGGAAGUGUUGACUUUUUUGCAGAGCAUGGAGUUUCAGGAACAACUAAGCCUGCCCCGAUCUCCUUAUAUCAGAGACUGAUGGCAGCGCUAAUCCCUGAAGAAGCAGGUGAAGAAUUAUCUUGCUGUGGAAAUGAAGAUCCCAAGUUCAUUGCCUACCAGCCUGCAUUUGAUCUAGACAUGGAUUCAGAUUCGGACAUAUUUCAUGCAAGAACAAUAUACAACAGUGGUUCAAGACACCCUGCUUCUAAUGGCUAUAGGAAAUAUGCGAGUGGAAAUUCAUUUGUUGAGACAGACCAUAUUACGCUGGAUAGUAGCAUUAGACCUGCUAGAGAGUCACAUUUCUUAUCAGAGUGUAACCUUACCCAGAGCGGUCUAUUGCCAGAUGAAAUAGUGGUGUCUGAUGUUCUUUUUACUGAAUAUCAGUAUAAUAAAAUGUCAAUAAAUGAGAGACUUCUCCUGGAGAUCCAAUAUAUUGGAAUCUACCCUGAUUUAGAUACUGGCAUGGCGCAGAACCGGGAAGAAGAAAUUAGGGGAGAUAUCAGUAAUUUAGACAAGAAGUAUCAGGAACUGGUAUCGCAAAAGAAUGGUAUGCUGCACAAGCUGCUUAACUAUGCUGAUAAGACAAGAGUGUGUCAAGAGAAGGACUUUGAACAGCUUGCUUUUGACAAACUCGUAGAGAUGGCAUAUAAGAAAUAUUUGGCUUGCUGUGGCCGUAAUGCGCAUGGGAUGAAAAGUGGGAAAAUUGCAAAACAAGCUGCACUAGCGUUUGUUAAGCGAACAUUGGAAAGGUAUCAAGAAUUUGAGGAGACUGGCAAGAGCUGCUUUAAUGAGUCUUUAUUUAAAGAAAUGUUUAUGUCUGGGAUAUCCCACUUUGGUGAUGGACAAUUAGAUUCAAUUACCGGUGGUGAACCUGGCAGCUCUGGGGAUGCAAGACCUUCAGUUUCAUUAGGAAAACAGCAAAGUCCAUCUUCAAACCAGGAAGUAUUUACUGAAGGCAGUGUAGUUUAUGAAGUGAAUAGGGUCAGAAGAAGAGAGUUGUUUCUUGAUGAUGUUGGUAAUAAUGUUGCUACAUCAGGCAUACCUUUGAGCACUGCAAAAGGAAAACGAAGUGAGAGGGAGAGGGAUGGGAAAGGAACUUACAGAGAGAUCCUAUCCAGAAAUGGAUCUAAUAAAAUUGGUCGGUCUACCUCAACCAACAUGAAGGGAGAAAGGAAGCCUAAAGCAAAACCCAAACAGAAAACUGCUCAGCUCUCUACUUCUAUGAAUAGUCUAGUUGGCAAGAUUUCAGAGCAAUCCAAGCCAACCGGGUCCUCAGUAUCAAAAACAAAUGAGAUAACCAUAAACUACACCAUCAAGGAUAAGAAAGAGUGUGAGUCUGAAGAAUUGGAGGACCCUAUUGAUUUAUCUGGCUUACAGCUCCCUGGAAUGGAUGUUUUAGGUGUUCCUGAUGAUCUGGGCAACCAAGGACAGGAUAUAGGAUCUUGGUUAAACUUUGAUGAUGAUGGAUUACAAGAUCACGAUUUCAUGGGGCUUGAAAUCCCAAUGGAUGAUCUUGCAGACUUGAAUAUGAUGGUUUGAUGAUACCUGGCCAGUAUUGUAUAUUAUAUACGCUGACAAGAAGGGAGCCUCUUGUUGUUGUUGAGAAUGUUCAAAUUGCAGACUUGAAUAUGAUGGUUUGAUGAUCUAUGGCCAGUAUCUUAUAAUUAUAUACGCUCUCAAGAAUGGAACUUCUUGUUGUUGAGAAUGUUCAAAUGCACCACAUGGGGUCAUACAAACUCUUACACCUGGUAUUAUGGUUAAUGCAUUCUUUUAUGCAACCACGCAUGAGUCCACUUUCGGUGGUCUUUUCAAAUCCUUCGGGGGCUUUGUUUCUUUUUAUUUUUCUUACGACCAUGACUGUAAAGAUCUCCUUUUUGUACAACAAAAGUAGUGUCUUUAGUUCUAUAGUGCUCUAAGAGCAAAGCUGUAUUUUUUUUAUUUAUAGCAAUAUAGGCCAUUGAACAUCACCCGUCUUCUGUAUAUAAGUUAUGUGUUUUCAAUAGAAUAAGUCCACCCAUCUUGCAAAA